AUGCAGCUCUUCAGACAUUGUUCUCACACCAGACAAGCAUCUUUCACGACCUGUCGCAAGAACUCGUCUGCUAUGGCAUCGUUGACACUUGCUCAGCCAUUCGGCAACCUGUCUCUGUGCGGCUUACUCUACGAUAGGAGCGAGAGAGAAUUUGCCUUUUUGGCAGUUUCAGAAUUUCCUGGCAUCUCAGCUAGAGACUUCAUGGAUUCUUGCUGUCGGUGA